AUGUCUGACCCCGCGCUCUCAGCGGUUAUCGAGACAUCCCCAUCCCUCAUGGCUGAUACACGCAGCCCCGCUCGACUUGUCUAUGACAAUGGGCAGCUCCGCCGGGAGGUCAUCAGCUAUCUUCCAAAUCAGGACUUGGCGCGGUUCAUCAGGGUGGAACGGGGAUGUCUUUGGGACAUCGUGAGGGUGCUCUACCGCGAGAUAAGAGUUGGGACUGGAUGCCACCAUGGCCCUGAAAGUGAGCGUCGAGCUACAUAUCGCGAAGCUGUGUUUGACCUGGAUGCUCUCUCGAUGGCACUGCCGCCGGAAACUCGUCCAGGCAGAGCUGCUCGUCCCUCCUACCUCGAGUAUGGAGACAGCCACAUCAUACGCAGGGUCGUCCCGACUUUUCGACAAAAGUUGCCCAACUUGCGGACCAUCCGCUUUGGCACGCGACGCAGCGCCGUGGAGCGUAUCUCGUGCGAGAUCAGGUUCGACGCGGCCAGACCUGCUGGAGCCAGCGCCGAUGACGGAGACUCGGGUUCGAUCAACUACUUUACCACGUGCCACCUUCUUCUGAAGGGACCGCCGUCGCGGCUGGAAACACCCCCAUCGCCGGCGGGUUCGUAUACGGUCAAUCAUCGGUGCGACUUGACCCUCAUGCUUCUCCAACCUACAGCUCAGGACACACAGCGGUGGCUCGACGCUCUGCAGGACGGACCUGCCUUGGCCCGCUUGACCAAGCACGUCAAACUCGACGGGCUCAAUACCUCCCUCCCGGUCCUCACCCGUCUAUACGAGCGCCAAGCGGAAGCCGGAUUCACGGACGGGCUCGCGACCAUUUUCACCCCGCAGAUGGCGCCUUUCGACAUUGACGCGUUUCGCACGUUUGCAAGUGCGGCGUCGUCGCUUACCUCCCUCAUCCUCGUCGGCGAGCGUCCGGCGGCGGGCGUGCCCAUCGGACAUACCACCUUUUCCGAGCUUCCGACACUUGUCGAGGUCAUACGGCGCGACCUUCCACACCUCGUCAAGCUACACCUAGCCAUCGGGGGCAUCGGGACCGCCGGGGAAGACUGCAAGAGCUAUCUCACUCCCGGCGGCCUGUGUCUGGAGGGGACCAUCCAGGACCUACGGAUCGAUACGGGCGGCACAGACAAGCCACAGUUCAACCUCGUCCGGGCUAUAUCACCCAUAUGUACCUCAAAGGCGCGUCUGGCGAUGCAGGGAGGGGCUGUCAAGACGUCUUGGAAGAAAGACGACCAUGUCAAGUUUUUGCAUUAUCUCAGAUCUCAACCUCAAUCCAGGCGCAUUCACCUCGCCAUGGUCGAUUUCGGUCGACUUGGUAUUCACUACCCUCGUCAGGUACAGGACCUCACUUACGACGACGGCGGCCGGCCCCGAACCGUACAGGAGCAGAUGCUACGUAACUGGUCCAGCAAAACGAGUCUUGGGCUCAUUCGAGCAAGGGAGAUGAUGGGCAAGGUGGAUGCGGGGCUGCAAGGCUGUGUCGAGGCAUCCAGCAGCCUUGCAGGUAUGUCGUCGGAAGCGAGCAAGGAGGAUAGGUUGAAGGAGGCAGACAAGCUGUGGGAGGGGUUGGAAAGCGCCCAGGCUGCGGCAAAGGAGAUGAUAGCGGCAUCGUGGAGGAUGACCUGCUGA